AUGUCGCAACCAGUUACUCGGAACCUUUGGCGCCUUGUCAGACCAGCCGUCAAGACGGCGGGGUGUCUGCGCCGGACCCCAGUACCUAGGCCCAAGGGUGCGACCUUUUCAACAUCCUCAUCGCGCAGGAUAAUGGAGACAACUGGUUUCACGGAAAACCAGCUGACCGUCCGAGAAGCAGUAAAUCAGGUCUGCGCUCAAUUUCCCAACACUUACUGGCAAGAGCAUGAUCAAAACGAACAAGACCCGAAGGAGUUCCAUGCCGCCCUCGCCAAGGAUGGCUGGUUGGGUAUCGCACUCCCAGAGUCCCUGGGAGGUUCAGGCUUGGGAAUCUCAGAGGCUACCAUGAUGAUGCAGACAAUCACCGAGUCCGGCGCCGGCAUGGCCGGUGCUCAGUCCAUUCAUGCCAAUGUCUACGCAACGCAACCCCUCGCCAAGUUUGGAACCCAAGAACAGCUUGAGAGCACGAUCCCCAACAUCAUCUCAGGUAAAUGGCGUGCAUGCUUCGGAGUGACGGAGCCCAACGCCGGUCUUGAUACCCUUCGUCUCUCAACGACGGCCAAGAAGCAAUCCGAUGGCUCGUACCUGGUGACUGGCCAGAAGAUAUGGAUCACCUGCGCGCAAGUCGCAUCCAAGAUGAUCCUUCUCGCACGAACCAAAGCGCUCGAAGACUGCAAGAAACCAAGCGAGGGCCUUUCUCUCUUCUGCAUUGAUCUUGACCGCAGCCAACCUGGCCUUGAUAUGCGCAAAAUCAAGAAAAUGGGUGGCCGUGCCGUCGACGCAAACGAGGUCUUUUUCGACAACUAUGCUAUCCCCGCCUCCAGCCUCAUCGGCCAGGAAGGCCAGGGCUUCAAGAUCAUCCUUCACGGCAUGAAUGCUGAGCGUUGCCUACUGGCAGGUGAGGCUUUGGGAUUGGGCUAUGCCGCGAUUGCAAAGGCCUCUGAGUACGCACGCGAUCGCGUUGUCUUCCAAAGGCCCAUUGGGCAGAACCAAGCCAUCGCACACCCACUUGCCGACGCGUACAUGCGGUUGGAGGCAGCAAAGUUGGCGACUUACCACGCGGCGAGACUGUAUGACGCCAGCAAAGAAGAUGCGUCUAUUCGUCAAGAUGCUGUUGGUGUUGCAUGCAAUAGCGCCAAGUACAUGGCUGCAGAGGCAGCCUUUACUGCUUGCGAGCGAGCCGUGCUCACACAUGGAGGUAUGGGAUAUGCGGCAGAAUAUGAUGUGGAAAGGUAUUUCAGAGAGUGUCUUGUUCCUCGCAUCGCGCCUGUUAGCCGAGAGAUGAUUUUGAAUUACAUUGGUGAGAAGGUACUCCAGCUGCCGCGAAGUUACUAA